CUACGUAUCUACUUAAACUUGAGACGUGAAGAGUUGAAAAAUGCAAUUUUAAUUGAUUGUUUCUUGUUAAACCAUUAACAAUUUAAUAUCCAUCUUGGUUUAUACCAAGUAAUUUUAUACUCUUUUAAUAUUUAUUAUUGUUUCUUAUUCUUCUGCAGUUUUCUUUGUUCUCACAUAUGGACAACUGUUGAAGUUGAUAUUGAUCCAAGCUGUUGAUUCUUUAUUGAAAAAUUGGCAACCAUAUCAAAUUUACAUUUUCAUCAAAUUACUGUAUUGUUAAACUGCUGAUAUUCAAAUUGAUCAAGAUCCUGGAAUAAUUCGGUUAACAUUUUAAAAGCCAACACAUCAUUCAACUUGACACCAUCUCAAUCGACCGGUUGUCUGUUAACAUGAUUACUCAUAAUCGAUCUAAAAUACCUGCUGAAGUUAGCUCACCAGAAGAACUUGAAACACUCAUGCCUUCAUCAAGUAAUACUCAGGGAUCUAUGAAUCCAGCCAACACCAAAUUAUUCAACAUAAUCCUCUUGCUAUCCCAUUCUAUUGGAUCAAUUAUCAUCCUGUUAAUCAUACUUUGGGUUAAUAAACAUCUUGGUGGCUUUGACUGGUCCAUACCAGCAAAAGAGUUCAAUUACCACCCUCUUUUCAUGGUCCUUGGAAUGGUUUACCUCUACGGUAAUUCAAUAAUUUCCUACAGGAUAUUUCGAACCCUGGACAAGCCAAAAUUGAAGAUAAUCCAUACAAUACUUCACGGCGGUUGUUUAAUAUUCACUGCUCUCGGAUUGUUUGCUGUCAUUGACUUCCAUAAUCGAGCCAAUAUCGUCAACUUUUACUCACUUCAUAGUUGGGUCGGUAUAUUUGCUGCCAGCGUCUACGCUCUACAAUGGAUUGGAAGUUUCUACGCAUUCCUCUUUCCCGGAAUCCCAGCCCAAUAUCGAGCUUUCCUUUUACCCUUUCACGUUAGAGGAGGACUCAUUAUCUUUACCAUCUCUAUUGCUGCUUGUUUGACUGGAUUAACUGAAAAGAUUUUCUUCUCUGUUGGAAAAGAAAAUUAUUCUUCAUUGCCACCCUCUGCUCUUUAUGCAAAUUUCAUUGGAGUCUUAAUCGUUCUUUUCGCAAUCAUUAUUGGCUAUCUUGUAACGGAAUCAAAUUUCGCUCGUAAACCUUUACCAUCAGAGGGUAAAACGAGUAACCUUUCAAUGGAUUCACAAAGGCCUGAAUAAUACAUAAAUAUCUUUCAUUGCUUGGAUGAAGAUUAACCCUUAAAAAUGGUUUUAAUCCUGUUCAGUUGAAUCACCUACUUAAGGGACUUGUUUUAUCAUUAUAACAGUCAAUUAUUGAUAGAUUUUAUGAUUAACCUGCGAAAAAAAAUGUUACAAAAAUCAAAAGUCUCUAUUGAUUGAUGUUGUCUUUCCGUUUUCACUUGCUGUUACCCACCUGAUGUUUGUGAUUAAACCAGCCUCAAUCCAUGAUGUAUGGAUGAUUUGGUGAUUAAUGUGCUUGUUUCCAUCUUCCAAUCUUCCAAAGAUAACAAAUAUUUCCAAGUCUGCAUGAACUGCAACAUUGGUACUCACACACCAGCGACAUGUUUGAUAAUUUCAAUUGUUUUAAUUUAAAAAUUAUCUCUGUACAUUUAAUCAUCAAUUACAAUUGUCUUGUUUUACAGUCUAUAACUUAAACGUGUAUUAUUGCUUUUCUGCCUAAUAUCUGUGAUCUCACAAACUCACCCAAUUCAGUAUCUAUCUUUGUAACACAAUUGUAAAUGAUUAAAGCCUGAAAAAUGGCUAUUAAUUUGAAAAAGAUUGAAAUUAUCUGCUAAAUAAAUUGCUAUUAUUCACAUUUUU